AUUCUGUGGUGCGGGGAGGCGUGCCCUGCCGGGUAAGUGGGUUGACUCCAGAAGCCUGACCAGCGUGGAAUCAGGUGCCGACGAGAGACCCUCCAUUUAUAAGAAGGAUGCUGUUGGGAAAUGCCUGGAGACAGAGAUGACGAGAUUUGUCAAAAAGCACUUGAACUGCUGUCAGAUCUUUGCUCGAAGGGGGAAGUGCAGAACGAAAACUGCCUGGAUUUUAUCUACUAUUUCCGAGACCUGGCCAGACCACGUUAUUCGGAUUCAGAUAUAUCAGUAAGUCUACUGUCACUGGUGGUGACAGCCUGUGGCUUGGCUCUAUUUGGAGUUUCCCUUUUUGUCUCUUGGAAACUCUGCUGGAUACCAUGGAGGGAACGAGGGCUUUCCCCCACCACAAAGGAGGCUCAUGGGCACAUCAACCCCACAAUGAGCCCUCUGUCCUCACAGCCUGCACCCAAACAGCCAGUUUACGCAGCUGUGGACCCCCCAGUACACAACCGACGCAAAUCAUCACACUGUUCAAUCACCAAAGAGCCCACACCUGUGGCGUCCAUUGUGUCAGUGGAGGCUCCAAUGACUCCUGUAUCACCCCCACCUGUCGUCCUGGCCACACCAGAGGCAGCUAUGAAGAUAAGCCACACAUCUCCAGAUAUACCAUUAGAUGCCCAAAGUAAAAGUCGUGAAAAUGGGGUUCACACCAACCCUCGUAUGCAGAGGCAGACCACUGAACCAGCACCAGGUGGUUGCUCAAUGUCUGAAAUGGGUCAGGGGUCUAUUCGCCGACAUAUGAACCUCUCAAACCCAGACUUUAACGUGGCACAGUUUCAAAGGCAGGAUUCUCUGACUGGAAUGGGCUUGGGCCUAGGCCGCCUCAAACCAGAGCUCUACAAGCAACGCUCUCUUGAGGGCAAUGAUGGCAGUCACAGAGGUGGGGGCUGUGGGCGCCUCCAUUUUAUUCUCAAAUUUGACUGCGACUUGGAACAAUUAAUAGUUAAAAUCCACAAAGCUGAGGACCUCCCAGCCAAGGACUUCUCUGGUACUUCAGACCCAUAUGUUAAGAUCUAUUUGCUGCCUGAUCGUAAGAUCAAGCAUCAGACCAAGGUGCAUCGCAAGACGCUCAAUCCUAUAUUUGAUGAGGUCUUCCUGUUUCCUGUGUCAUACUCUGAGCUUCCCACUCGCAAGUUACACUUCAGUGUAUACGACUUUGACCGCUUUUCUCGUCAUGAUAUAAUUGGACAAGUGGUGGUGGACAACUUUCUAGAUCUGGCAGAUUUCCCCAGGGAGACUAAACUCUGCAGAGAAAUCCAGUAUGUCUCCUCGGAUAACGUGGAUCUUGGGGAUUUGAUGUUUUCACUCUGCUACUUGCCAACUGCGGGUAGAUUGACCAUCACCAUGAUCCAGGCUCGCAAUCUCAAGGCCAUGGAUAUCACUGGUGCAUCUGAUCCGUACGUGAAGGUCUCACUGAUGUGUGAGGGUCGUAGACUGAAGAAGAGGAAGACAUCGACGAAGAGGAACACUUUGAAUCCAGUUUAUAAUGAGGCCAUCGUCUUUGAUGUCCUUCCAGAAAACAUAGAGCAAAUCAGCCUUUUGAUAGCUGUGAUGGACUAUGAUCGGGUGGGCCAUAACGAAGUCAUCGGUGUGUGUCGAGUCGGCAAUGAUGCAGACAGCCUUGGUAGAGAACACUGGAGUGAAAUGCUCACAUAUCCUCGAAAACCUGUCGCCCACUGGCAUCCUCUUGUUGAGGUAAGGAGACUUUUCUAUAAUGGAUGUGACAUGUGUUUCCAUGCAUGA